AUGCAAUAUCCCCCGGAGCUCGGGCACGACGGGUUCUUCUCAUAAUGUACCCACCAAUGGGUAUAUCCGACAUUACUAUUCUUGAGCUUCUCGAUUCUGAUCCCCGGCCGUCGUUUGUUGUUAUCACUACUCAAACGUCGCUCCCCAUAUACGCAAACCCCGCUCUCCGUCAGAAUGCUGUCCUGCACGAUCAAAUCGUCAAGCUGUUUCAGUCCCGCCAUGGCCCUUUCUGGGACUGGGUUACCGCCGCUCUGCUGCCUGACACUGGCACUGGUCAUACAUUUCCCUUCGAGAACGUCUUUUGGACUCGGUCGAUUGUUCGGGACAAAUGGGCUGUGAUCGGUAGUAACAAUCAUCCACCGUUGGGCGAUGUCGAACGUAAUAACAACAAGGGCCCCCUGCAAGAGGCUGCUAGUCCCGAGGUCUUGAAAGAUCACAAUGAUAGUUGGAUACCCCCCGAUUUUUUACCUGAGCAGGAGUCCUUCGCCCAUGUAAUCAACACGCUUGACUGGGCUCUAACACCUCUUGGCCCGCUACCGCGUUGGCCUGGCCUCCUGCAACAAACGUUCAAUCAAGUCCUUGCUGACUCAAGACCUAUAGUCAUCUAUUGGGGUGAGAGUUUGACUACACUAUACAAUGAAGCUUUUAGCAAACUAUGCGGGUCGAGACAUCCUUCCCUCCUGGGGAAGUCGGUGGAAAAUGCCUGGCCUGAUUUUCAUGAGAAGAUUAAGUCAGCAAUGUCUACGUCUGCCUCGAAAUUUCGCGCAGGUUCCAAUGACGAGGACGAAUGGCGGUUCUUUACACAGAACCCUGACGGUCAUUCCGAAGAGAAGUACCUCAAAUGGUCUAUUAUCCCGGUUACCGAUAAGAAUAGAUGCCUUGGGUUUAUUCAGCCAAUCCAAGAUAAUACUUCCAUGCGACUCUGGGAAAGACGCACCAGGAUGCUAAUUGACCUGGGCGAUAUGUUAGUCACCGCGCGUGACGUGAGAUCCUACUGGGCCAAACUAAUUCAAGGGCUCGAAGCUUGUCAUCCCACUUACGAUAUCCCCCUCGCCAUCCUCUACUCCCUCGAAGAAGACUUCCCGCUGUCUACCGGAAAGACUUGUCGACUCGAAGGCUGUCUAGGGGUCCCAAAUGGCCACCCCAUGGCUCCAUCAAAGUUACGACUCGAUGAGAGAAGCCAGGGGUUAUCCUUGUCAUUUCGACAAACCCUUGAAUCUCAGAACCCACUAUUACUCCGGAUUAGAGACGGGACAUUGCCAAAAUCGUUACUUGAAGGUCUCAAGUGGCGUGGCUUCGAGGACCCGUGUCGAGAAGCUGUCAUCUGUCCUAUACGACCAACCAAAGAGGAGAACGUAUUAGGCUUCCUUUUUCUCGGUCUUAACCCCCGUAGGCCCUAUGACAACGACUACCGGCAGUAUAUUUCCUUGCUUGGGCAGAAGCUCACUACGACCUUGGCAUCGGCUGUGCUCCUUGAGGAAGAGGCACGCAGGCGUCGUAACAUUGCUGAACAAGCCGCAUAUGACCAGGCUAGGCUAAAAGAAAAGCUCACCACGCAGACAAGAGAGGCUACGGAGUCCGUCCAAAAGUUCCAACAGAUUGCCGAGUUUCUUCCAGUUGGUAUGUGUUUUGGUAAUUACCGCGGUAAUAUUAUAUUUGCCAAUGAUGCCUGGCGUAGGAUCACAGGCGCUCCCCAGGUAAACCCACUCACGCCUGAAGGUUUCCUAUCUUGCGUCAUCGACGAAGACAAGCCAAAUGUGCGGCGGGCGUACGAAGAGCUCCACAAAACAUUGACCGUUACUAUCGAAUUUCGAGUUCCACGGCCGGCCGAUGACAGCUAUCCUCUUCAGUUCCCCAUUGGAAGUUCCCCAAGUUUUGAGAAGGCUGGUUUGAACUUGGAUGAUGAAGGAGAUGUUCGGCAUGUCUUAGGUUCCUUGAAAGCUGAAAGGGGCUCGGACGGAAAUAUCAAUCAAGUCCUAGCGUGCUUGACGGACGUAACCCUUCAUAAAAAGGCUGCCGAGGAAGCCAUUCGAAAAGCACAGCAGGCAGAGAACCUCAAACGCAUGGCUGAGCUCGCAACUGUGGGCAUGUAUGACAUGGCUCUUGAUGGUCGUUUGCUUGGAGCUAACAACGUCUUCUACGAGAUGUGUGGCAUAGAUAGAGUAGAUCUCGCUCAGGAAUCUGUCAAGCCAUUCGAGUUUUGCGUCGUUGACGAAGACCUUACGUUUCUUAAGAAUUCGCUAGUCACUCUCGUCCGUGAAGGCAAGCCACAGACCGCAGAGCUCCGGCUUAAAACGCAAUGGACAGAGACAGACACGGACGGAGACCAGAUUGUUGCUCCUCGCUGGGUCCUCGCAACAUUUAUGCCAGUAAGCAAUUCCGAGGGCGCUAUUCAGACCUUUACAGGCUGCCUCAGUGAUGUCUCGUUGCAGAAAUGGCAAUUUGAGAAGGAGCGGCAGCGGAAAGAUGAGGCUAUCGAAUCCAAGCGCCAGCAGGAGAAUUUCAUUGAUAUGACUUCUCACGAGAUGAGGAACCCUCUGAGCGCAAUUAUCCAGUGUGCUGAUGCCGUUAUCGGGUGCCUUACAAAAGCCCAAGAAUUGGUUGAUACGCAAUUUUCCAAGUGUGGUGACGGCGGCAUGUCCAAUCCUCCCCCUCCUACCCCUGAUGCCCUUGGAGGUAUCUGCCAGGAAAGUACCCAACUCUUGAAGGACAGCAUAGACAAUGCGGAGACGAUAAUUGCAUGUGCCCAGCAUCAAAAACGUAUCGUUGAUGACAUUCUAACAAUGUCAAAAUUGGAUUCGAAUCUUCUGUCUAUUACGCCCAUAACGGUAAACCCCAUUAACAUCGCGCGCGAGGCGUUCAAAAUGUUCGAGGUGGAAGCUCGUCGAGUUGAUAUUGACUUGACCAUGAUAAUUGAUCGAUCAUAUACCGAACUGAAUGUUGAGUUCCUCGAUUUGGAUCCUUCGCGCUUGAAGCAAGUCCUUAUUAAUCUCCUGACCAACGCCUUGAAAUUCACAAAAAAUGGACCGACGAGAAAUGUGUCUAUUACGAUGAGUGCAUCUAAGGCCCGUCCCGAAGAUCGAAUCUCUUCCGUCCAGUUCAUCCCGCGUGCCACAGACUUGGUGUGGCAAGGGAGUGGGUCGUCCUCGCCAGUGCCCGAGGAGACCAGGAUCUACCUCAUGUUUGAAGUCAAAGAUACGGGGCAGGGUCUCACAAAAGAAGAGAAAUCAUCUCUGUUCCAACGGUUCGUCCAAGCUAAUUCAAAGACCCAUGUGAAAUAUGGAGGCUCAGGACUUGGGCUAUUCAUUAGCCGUAGGCUGACGGAGAUGCAAAACGGUGCCAUUGGGGUGGCGUCUAACCCUGGCCAAGGCUCAACGUUUGCGUUCUAUAUCGAGGCGCAGGUGCCAAGCGAGGAGGCAUUCCAAGAUGCUCGGGCAGCCGCUGAGGCCGUAGGUCACAUCCUCAGAAACCCAAAUACUUGGGAUUUGGGAGAUAGGGGAUCUAACAAGGGUCCUUUCACUAUGGCAAAGCCAACUAAGAAGCUGCUCGGGCCGCAGAUCGAAGGUGUACUCCUCGUCGAAGAUAAUCUUAUAAAUCAACAGAUUACACGUCGCGAUCUACUGACAAGUGGUUGCGCCGUUGAAGUAGCCAACCAUGGAAUUGAGGCGCUUGAGAAGCUCCAGCAUACCAACCGAGGCGGUGGAAAAUUCCCCCUUAGCUUAAUUCUUAUGGAUAUUGAGAUGCCUGUACAGGAUGGUCUAACUUGCACGCGAAAGAUUAGAGAAUUGGAAAGGAUGGGCCAUUUCAAGGGCCCGCGGAUUCCGAUCAUUGCAGUUAGUGCCAACGCACGCAUGGAGCAGAUUCUGGAAGCCAAAGCCGCGGGGUGUGACGACGUACUGGUUAAACCGUUCAGGAUUCUCGAAUUGAUCGAGAAAAUGAUGGUUGUUACCAGACAACUCGAGAAGGCCAGACAAGAGGGAACUUAGUCGCUCUCGACCACACU